AUGACCUCCCUGUUCGGCCUGUUCCUCGAGUUCAGACCGAUGGCCCUCGACGCCGAUGGAAAGCUUUACGAGCGGCUCCACACUAUGCAAAGUGACGUGAGCGUCAUUUACUUUGAUGUUCCCAUUGGAGCUGGCUACAGCUUCACGAAAGACACCUCUGGUUACCCGCACAACCUCGAGCACAUUGCCGCGGAGAUCGCCGAAUUCCUGGGACAAUUUCUGCUGCUUUUCUCUGAGUACACGGAUCGAGAUUUCUACGUCGCCGGAGAGUCGUACGGGCAUUCGGGACCGCUGUUUCUGACGCCCUUAAUCGAGCAGAAGAUGUACGACGAAGCUAGGGCCAAAAGCAGAGUAGAUCUGUUCGCUAAAAAGGCAAACGCCAUAGCUCACUCGGGCUUCAUCACUGUGAACAAAACAGUUGGAAGCAACAUGUUCUUCCUCUACGUCCAAGCACAGCAAAACCCGUCGACCGCGCCCCUAGUGCUGUGGAUGCAAGGCGGUCCAGGAAUGACCUCCCUGUUCGGCCAGUUCCUCGAGUUCGGACCGUUGGCCCUCGACGUCGAUGGAAAGCUUUACAAGCGGCUCCACACUAUGCAAAGUGACGUGAGCGUCAUCUACCUGGACGUUCCCGUUGGAGCUGGCUACAGCUUCACGAAAGACACCUCUGGUUACCCGCACAACCUCGAGGACAUUGCCGCGGAGAUCGCCGAAUUUCUUGGACAAUUUCUGGCGCUUUUCUCUGAGUACACGGAUCGAGAUUUCUACGUCGCCGGAGAGUCGUACGGAGUGAGAAGCGCCGUUGCAAUCGCUUACCGGCUGCUCACCGACCAAGUGAAGUGUGUUCCCCUGAAUCUUCAAGGAGCAGCUCUCGGAGACGGAUUCAUGGGAUCGAUCUUCGACGUGGCUGACUCCAGCGAAUUCCUCCACCAAGUUUCAAUGCUCACACGGGAAGGCAGCGAUGAAUUCGCGAAACAGUUCUCAACCAUGAGGAGCCUCUUGGCCGAAGACAAGGGCCCGGAAGCCUUGCAAAUCUUGUCCCAAACCGCCUUCGCUAACCCCACUCAGCCCACCUUGUUUCAAAAUCUCACGUUGUUUAACCAACAAGCGAGCGCUCUGUACUCCGAGAUACCGGCAAUCAUGAUUAAAUUCUACAAAUACGCCAACUCUACGGGACUGAGGGAAGCAAUUCACGUAGGGCUCGACGCCAAUUUUCAAGCGACCAACCAAGACCUCCCGACAAGCCUCGCAUUUGAUUUCCUUAGAGACAUCACUGCUGAGGUGGAGCUGCUCCUCAGUGCGAGUAAGAUGCUGGUCUACAUGGGUCAGCUGGAUACUCUGUUUCCUCCAACCAAUCAGCGAGCCUACUUGCGUAGCCUGAACUGGAGUGGUGCUUCGGAAUACCGAAGUGCACCUCGAGAUGGGUGGACGGCGAGCAGUGGUUCCGACGGCAUAAGUGGCUACAUAGUUCGAGCGCGCAAUUUGGCGGAGGCAGUGGUACUCGGAGCGGGUCACUACGCUGCGCUAGACAAAUCUGAUGAGGUCAACUAUCUCAUAAAGAAUUUCAUUAGUUCAAGUUCUAGGUAUCAUAAGCCAAUAUCGGCAUGCCCACUCGUUCCCUAAAGUUGGGAUUUCGAGUGGCGUGCAUCUAGCGCUUAAUUAAACCGCCGUGAUUUACGUAGUUAGGUGCUGCUCUCCAUUCAUCACGAAUAUCUGUCUCUGAAAAUUUAAUGCAGGCUUCCUGUCUCUACUAUAUUAAACAGAUAAAUAAGCCCUACAACGAAGCACGUUUAAUAAAAAGCUGUUGCUUCUACCAUAGUAGUGUUUUCCUUUUUCCUGUUCUUUCUUUUCCUUUCCCAU